GAUUGAACGAGUCAUCGUUUUUACAACUUUUAUACCUUCUCGGCCACCGUAGUUGUCGCUGAGGAGUUUCUGUCAUGGCCGACAUGGGAUUGCUGGACUAGGGGGUUUAUUUAAUAACUCGUCUUGCUCUAUGACAUAAAUGAAAUGAAAUGGCAGCGGUUUUCCUGGUGACUUUGUAUGAGUACUCACCACUCUUUUAUAUUAGUGUGGUUUCUUUGUGUUUCGUCGUUACCGCGGCCAUGGUGCUCGGCUGGUUUGGUUUCGAUGUCCCAGUGAUCCUUCGCAGCUCUGAUGACACUGAGUCCAUCCUACCAACCCCUGAGAAGCAAAUGGUUCAGGUGACCAAUCCUUUUGCCCUGGAGUUGGCCUCUGGGCCGGCGUCUGUCACUGAUGGUGUGUCAUUGAAGCCCUGCUGUCUGGAGCCCUGUGUCCUGAGCUGUUUCUGGGGCUGUGAGAUUGGUGCCCUGCAGAGAGGCCUGCAGGCCCACCAGCACGGCUUGAGGCUCAGCACCCUUCAACAUUUCCAGGAGGCCCUGCACCUCCGCUACCACUACUGCCAGCGCUUCCAUAUUGGCAGUCAAGAUGGAAAGGAACAUCGUACACAGGUUCCGGCUGAUAACGGAAUCACUGAUUUUGGGCCGUUGCCAAGGGAACGCUACCCUCUUGUAGCUGUCCUGACACUUUCAGAGCCGGAGGCCAGAGACACGUACAACAUUGUGUCCAGUGUGACUGUCAUUCAUGUUCCUGAUGACAAAUACAGGCUCUCUGCACGGGUUCUCUUUCAGUACCUUCUCACCUCACAAGGAAACAUGUAUGAGUUGAAGCCUCUUUUCAUGUCAGCUGACAGUGUUGGAGCAUCUGGGCCUCCUGAUACAGAGCAAAGUACCCAACACAGUGAACCCAACAACAGGGCCAGCAGAGUGGAGCAGAAUCCAGUGCUGGAGAAAGAGGAGGGCGAGGAGGAGGAGAAGAAGAAGGAGGAGAGGGAAGAAGAGGAAGAAGCAGAGGAGGAGGAGGAGGACUGGUCAGAGGGUAGGGGCAGAGACUGUGUGGUCUGUCAGAAUGCAGCGGUGAACAGAGUACUGCUGCCCUGCAGACACGCCUGUGUGUGUGACAGCUGUGUGUCACACUUCCAGCACUGCCCCAUCUGCAGGGCCUUCGUCCUGGAGUCUUUCACCCUGACACAGUGACCUCCGGCAGAACAAUGACUCCAAACUUGAUGGGCAAGUGAACUGUCAAGAUUUAUUUAAUCAUCAUUAUACAAUACAAGAUUGUAUGAUGAAUUUUCUUUUUGUAAUUCCCCAAGGAGCAUACACACAAAACAAAAACUAUAGUCAUAUUUAUAAACUUUUCAUGGUGGAGUGUUGUUGAUGAACAUACUGUGGCUGGGACAUCUCACUUCGUUGAUGUCACUGAUGCUCUGUAGAUGGGUACCUUUACUUUAAUGCACCUGUUAGGCUGUCUGACACAAACUAUGCUCACAUGAGUUAUAUGCAAAUCAAUUCUACAGACUAACUGUGUACAGUAUACACAAUAUACAGUAUGUAUUAUCUAUCGAAAGAUCGACUAUAUACAGUUUGUACAACCGAAGUCAAACACUUAAAAACAGUGCAAGAUACUUGUGUAUAAACAAGCUGUUCUCAGAGGAAAAAAGGUCCCAGAACACUGUUUUACGCUAGAAAGGUGGCAGGGUAUGCCACAUAAACAAAGUACAAAUGUAUAAAUUGUGUUGUCCUUAGUUUGUUUAUACCUUUUAUUCAGUCAUGAAAACAAAGACGGUUUGUUUCUUUAGUUUGUUAGACAGAAAAAAUUAGGCAAUGAAGAUCUUUCUCUUCUCAUCAACACGUCUUCCGCAGCACUACAGAGUGCUCCUUUAAUGUUCAAACUGAUAAACUUCAUCAUUUCUUGCAAACAUACAGUCAUUCUUAAUUUGAUGCCCGUAACAUGUUCCAUAAAAGUUUGGACAACUUAUGUUUACCACUGUGUUACAUCAUAAUGUAUUUAAAAAAGACUGAACUGAGGACUUGUUGUAGUUUGUUUUGUGUUCUUACUUUAUUUAUAGAUUUUACAUGAGCUACAAAAUUGUUUACAGAAACUUUGCAUCAACAGACUGAAUGAAUAUAUAUGUAUGUUCCUCAUGCUAAUCUUGGUGGUCAUAAUAUAAGCAAACUACGUGAAGUACACAUUGGACAACAAGAUAAUAAGUAAUUAAAUGUGGAAUGGAUUCCUGUG